CAAUCAAGGGGCUUACCGUCUGCUCCCCCCUCACGACGACGAGUUGACUGACGGUACGAUAUGGACACUCGAAGCACGACGAAAAUCAAUGGCCUAGCACCACUCCCAAGGCCGGCUUACGCUCAAGCAGGAGAUGGCGAGGAUCUGUACGUCUUUGGAGGGGCCGCAGCUGCAGGACCAGCGAGCCAUACUCCCCAGGCAGGUGGCGAUGCGGUAUUGAGAAAGCUACACGUGGAUGAGGCGGGCGAGCUCGAUUGGCAAGUGGUCGAGAGCACGCUCGAGCACAGUCCAGGCCCACGCUUUGGCCAUUCCUUGUCUGCGUUCUGCUUGGAAGGGACGCUGGGCAAGCGGCACUUUCUUUGCUGUCUCGGUGGCACAGACGAGUCCGGACGCUACCGCGGCGAGGUUGACAUUUUCGACGUCGAUGCGCAGACCUGGCUCCCUUUACGAGCUGGGUUCCGUGCGACAGACGCAGGAGAAGACUUUGCCAGCCUGAAUGAGGGCAUCAUCGAUGUCAAAGACAUCGCACCAAGGAUCCAUCAUACGGCUACAGUCGUCGAAACGGAUCAGGGCCCGAUGCUCUUUGUUGUCGGGGGCUAUUCGCACGCCAAUGGCAUCACCAGGGUCAUGGGAACGCUGCAGAUCCUUGAUCUUCGCUUGCUGCGCUGGUCACCUCGCUUCGAACUGCCACAGCGGUACGGUCACGCUGCUGUGCUGGUUAAAAGGCAGCUUCUCAUUGUUGGAGGCCGAGAUGAGCUGGGAGCAGACGUGACGCCAAGCGAGUCGCUAAGCAUCGCUGUGGACAAAGUCAUGCUCCAGUGGCGCCGCCACGACGCCAGCGGCGGACUCGACACGGCCUCGAUCGAGGACGAGACCUAUUGCGAGUCCCUCGGCCAGCAUGGACAACCACCCGAGGAUGCCUACCACGGUCAGCUUUUCGCUGUCAAAGCUCGAGAGGAAGCCGCAUUGAUCGUUGGACGAUCUGCCUCAGGUUCCGAUCUGGCUCAUCUCUAUAGCCCACAGGCGGGUGCUUGGAUCCAGCUCGACGACGACCAGCCGGGCACCGUUGGUGCUUGCGAGUUCCUCGUCUCCACAACAAGUCUCGUCGUUGCUAUUUGCCGUCUUGACGAUGGCGACCUGGGCGCUGUUGACCGUGCUGCUGUACGAUCUCCCAUCCAGGCGGAUCUCUCCGUCGCUUUCGAUGGCGCCGUCUCAUCGACGGUGGCACGGGAUUAUGAAGCCCUGCUGGGUUCGCCCGCCUUUUGCAAAGAUGGUCGAUCCCCGUACACCAUCCUGCCUUCCGACUUUGUCCUCCAGUCGACAUGGCCUCAGGCCGCUCCGGUACACGUCCACAAGCUCAUCCUGCUCUCAAGGUUGCCCCACUUCUCCUCGCUCCUCAACAGCGCCAUGGAAGAGGCGCUUCUCGGUAUUGCGAAAGUUGACGAGCCCUACGAAGUUGUCUAUGCCCUCGCAGCGUAUCUUUACACGGACCGGCUACCAUCGUACCUCACUCGGCAACCUCUAUCAACGCUGUCGAGCCUAUACUCGCUUGCAGAGGAAAGCGGCUCUGGACCGCACCUACCGAGCUGGCACACGGCAUUGAGGCUACUCCAUCUCAGCAACCUGUACACGCUACCCCAUCUGUUCCAGCUCACCGCAGACGUUCUCCUCGACAACCUCACCACGCACACGGCUCCGUACCUCUUUAGCGCCGCUGCUCUCCUCUCGUCUGUCGGACCCGAUGGCGAAGGGCUAGCAAGGUUUUCACCGUCAUCAUCAUCAUCAAGAUGUUCGCCAAAGGGAAAGGGUGUAGCCCAACGCUUCUUGAACGACAUUGUCGAGUGGUGUGCCAAGCGCGCCAUCCUCGUCCUCGGCCGAUUUGAGGAAAUUGAGUCACAGCAGCAUCGCUCCGAACACGCAGAGGAUGAUGAGCAAAGGGACGAAGAAGACGACGCCGAGUACUUGGAGCCUUGGGCGAGACGCGCGUUCAUCGAAGACCCGCGCAUCGCUGCUUCUCUGCCUUCUGCCUCAAAGCUGCAGCAAGGCCUGCCCUCGAUCGUCGUCUCGCCCGAUCAGACGUCUUCGGCUCCGUCCACACCGCGAUCAGGCGACGGCUCCUUCUCGCCUUUCCUGGCGCACGUCUCUGCCAAACUUCAGCUUCAAGCCGACUCGUCGCGCAGAGCUUCCGUCUGCCUCACGCCCACAAAGAAGAAGGCCUUUGCUUCUGCCGCCCACCUGCCCCUCGGGGCGAGGUCAGGUCGCGUGACGCCCAGCCUCGGCGAUCUCGUCGGAGGCCGCCUUUCCCCGAGCAACGCCAGCGGCCGAUUUGUAGUCAAGGAUCUCGCGCUGGAUCACUUGCCUCUUGCCUUUUGAUAGUGUUUCUUUUCCCCUUUCGUUACUUUUCUUACCGUUUCGGCCUUUGUGUUGUUUUCCAGCUUUGUUUUCCAUAGAGACUUGUAGCCAUAGACAAUGUAGAGUAGAGUG